GUGCCCACCCCCGCACCCCGUCCGCCCGUGCAGCCUGGCUGACCGCAGCGGCAGACUGGGCUCCGGCAGGCGCAGAGCGCCGCGUGCUGAGCGGUAGAGGCGGGCGGGCUGCUGCCGUGCCGUGCCGCCGCCACUCUGUCCUCCCUCCUCCACUCCUUCCACCCCUCCCCUGGCAGCCACGCUGCCUUCGAGUCCUGGAAACCGCUACUCCAAGCGCGCAGCCCCGGUGCGGGGCCAGAACCUAGGCGGAGGCGGAGGGAGCGCAGAGACCACAGCCCCAGCAGAGAGGCGGAGGGGUCCCUGGCCUGGAAGGGCAGGGCUGCGCCUGUGCUUGCGCCUGAGAACGGCGGCUGCACCUUGCUCGGCGCAAACCCCGCCACCCUCAGCGCGGAGCCGCCGUCCCAGCCCAGGUAGCCGCAGCCCGGAAGCCUCCCCUCCGGCGCCCAAGCACAAGCCACGGCCGCACAGCCAUGAACACCAACGAUGCCAAGGAAUAUCUGGCCCGUAGGGAAAUCCCGCUGCUUUUUGAGAGCCUUUUGAAUGGACUGAUGUGUUCUAAGCCUGAAGACCCAGUAGAGUACUUGGAAAGUUGUUUACAGAAAGUAAAGGAACUAGGCGGCUGUGACAAGGUGAAAUGGGAUACAUUUGUCAGCCCUGAAAAGAAGACCUUACCUCCGCUCAAUGGAGGACAGUCACGGAGAUCCUUUCUAAGAAGUGUAAUGCCUGAAAAUUCAAAUUUUCCAUAUCGGCGGUAUGAUCGACUCCCUCCAAUCCAUCAAUUCUCCAUAGAGAGUGACACGGACCUCUCCGAGACUGCAGAGUUAAUUGAGGAGUACGAGGUUUUCGAUCCUACUAGACCUCGACCAAAAAUCAUUCUUGUCAUAGGUGGUCCAGGAAGUGGAAAGGGUACUCAGAGUUUGAAAAUCGCAGAGCGCUAUGGAUUUCAAUACAUUUCAGUGGGAGAAUUAUUAAGAAAGAAGAUCCAUAGUGCCAGCAGCAACAGGAAAUGGAGUCUUAUUGCCAAAAUAAUUACAACUGGAGAAUUAGCCCCACAGGAAACAACAAUUACAGAGAUAAAACAAAAAUUGAUGCAGAUUCCUGAUGAAGAGGGCAUUGUUAUUGAUGGGUUUCCAAGAGAUGUUGCCCAGGCUCUGUCUUUUGAGGACCAAAUCUGUACUCCUGACUUGGUGGUAUUCCUGGCUUGUGCCAAUCAGAGGCUCAAAGAGAGAUUACUGAGGCGUGCAGAGCAACAGGGGCGGCCUGAUGACAAUCUGAAAGCUACCCAAAGGAGACUGAUGAACUUCAAGCAGAAUGCUGCUCCAUUGGUUAAAUACUUCCAGGAAAAGGGGCUCAUCAUGACAUUUGAUGCUGACCGAGACGAGGAUGAGGUGUUCUAUGACAUCAGCGUGGCAGUUGACAGCAAGUUAUUUCCAAACAAAGAGGCUGCAGCAGGUUCGGGUGACACUGAUCCUUCAAUGAUGUUGGACACCGGAGAGGUCAUUGAUACAGGAUCUGACUACGAAGAUCAGGGUGAUAACCAGUCAAAUGUAUUUGGAGAGGACACCACAGGAGGUGUCAUGGAAGACUUGAGGAAGUACAAAAUUAUUUUCAUGAUCGGUGGCCCGGGCUCCGGCAAAGGCACGCAGUGUAAAAAGCUGGUGGAAAAAUAUGGAUUCACGCACCUCUCGACUGGGGAGCUCCUGCGCAACGAGCUGCUGUCAGACUCUGAGAGAAGCAGACUGAUCAGAGACAUCAUGGAACGCGGGGACCUGGUGCCCUCAGGCAUCAUUCUGGAGCUGCUGAGGGAGGCCAUGGUGACCAGCCUUGGCCACACUCAGGGCUUCCUGGUCAAUGGUUAUCCACGAGAAGUGAAGCAAGGCGAAGAGUUCGGACGGAGGAUUGGAGACCCGCACUUGGUGAUCUGCAUGGACUGCUCGGCAGACACCAUGACCAGCCGCCUUCUCCAGAGAAGCCAGAGCAGCCGGGGUACGGACAGCACCGCCACCAUCGCCAAGCGCCUUGAAGCCUACUACCGGGCAGCCAUCCCCGUGAUUGCCUACUAUGAGAAGAAAACGCAGCUACACAAGAUCAAUGCAGAGGGGACACCAGAGGAAGUUUUUCUUCAACUCUGCACAGCUGUUGACUCUAUUUUCUGAAGACAAAGUGCAUGUAUGUUAAGGAGAGUGGAGACAGAAAAAUAUUAAAAGGUUCAUACCUUAACAGUAUGUUUCAGGUUAAACCUUUUGUGUCCCCUUGAAAUCCUGACAUUGCUGUUUGUUUCCCAGCUUCACCUGUCUGAGGCAUCUGGAAACCAUGCAUGGUGCAUUUGAUAUCACCCAACCUCUUCCCAACUCAGACCGAGGUCUGUACUCACCGCACGCACUUUUCCAUUGUACAGGUAGCACCUCAGAGCUAAGGUAGAAUGAGGCCAGUCUGCCAGUUGUGCCCUUGAGAUUUGAGCUAAAGUCUGAUCAUCUGGUUCUUCUCUCAUCAAACAGGUGGUUAGUUAGCAUCCGUAACUUCCCCAUCGUUAUCUUCCUUCCUCUCUCCUGCAAGAUCUGAUGAAGGCCCUUCAUAUUGGGGGUGACAGGAAAUAAGCCGGGGUAUCUUCCUCUGGUAACUGUUUCCUCAAGUCUUAUCUACUAGUAGCUCAGAGCCCAAGAUUAGGUUAACAAUAAGAGUUAAUGAUUAGAAAUCUGAUUCAAUUUGAAAACUUUCAAAAAAUGUGAAAUUGUAUAGUUUUUCCAAAACAGCAAAACCCAGACUAGUCACCAAUAACAUAUCUCUACCCCCUUUUAUGAAACUAGCUACUUGGAAUACUGUCAUAAUGGCUAGAAGAACCAACCGUGGAGAAAAUUGACCUGUUUUAUACCUGGGGGUGCAUUUUGGCAAUUAUAGGUCAAUACAAAUGACCAAAUGUAAUUUAAAAGCAUGAGAUGGUGUAUUAUUACAUUCACUGGACUAAUGUCAACUUAAAGUGUUUUGACUUUAAAUGAUCACCUAUUUACUUAAUAGUUGCCCAAACAAGCACAGUAACAAUAAUAAAAGUGAUGUGGGUGGGAGAAGCAUGUCAGUACACGAUGUUUAACAGAUCCUGAUGCUAUUACUUGUUUCAUAUGGGCCUUUUCCAGGGGUUUGCAAACCUCAUCAUAUCCAAAUGUAAAAUUGUUUCCUCGCAUCAAACCAGUGAAGUUUGGGUUCUCUUUUGUGCUAUCAGUUGCCAAAAUCAGAGUUUCUUAUGUAUUCUACUGGAAUAACUGCAUCUUCCUCUAUUCAGUCACAAGAGACCAUAGUUUCCGUUUGCAUGAUUUUUUUUUUUCUUCAGUGGUUGUGCAGAUAAGAAUCCAUUUCUGGGACAAAACUGUAUUUUUAAAGUCAUUUUUUUUCUCUUGCAAUACGUAUGUACAAAUAAAGUAAAUGGAACACAUGAUAACUCUUUUUUCUAUUUAUUUGUAACUCACAUCAUUCCGGAAAGCAUUUGAAGCUUUAUUCCAAACAGAAUUAGAAGCAAACACAGUAAUAUUUGAGAUUUAUGAUAUGCUCAUAUGGUUUUAAUUUUGGCCAUAGAUCAGUUUUGAGCUAUUACAGAGAGAAUGCUCAGUAUAUUCAUGACACAUGUUAAUUUUCGUUAUUUCCGUUUUUCUAGCAGUCAUUUGUAAACAGAAAUGUCAGUGUUUGCUAAAGAAGAAAUUAAAUUUCUUUGGUUACAAUUAUGCCUCCACCAACCAAAGGGGACAUGUUCCUACCAUUCACACAGCUGUCAAAUACUUUAUUACUACCCCAAGUUGUCACACACUUUAUAGGGGAGCACAAGGAGUAUUUGAGCAAAUUAGAAAGACAGUUACAGGGUGAAAAUGAUCAGUUGUACCAGAAAACACAAGAUGACUUGACUCUUUAUAGGGAUUAACAUUCCUUGAACACAUACCACAUAUUGGCAAACACAGUCCAUGCUCACCACUGCUUUGACAGCUUGGGUAAGUGAAAUGAGAUAUCAGUGAAAAAAUAUCAGCAGGGGUAAAUGGCUUUGCCCCUGGACAGUAUCUAGAGGUGCAAAUCAAGUCUUCUAUACUACUGCUAAAGCACAUUGUUGAUCUGAAUGGCUCAAAAUGACAUCACAACUUUAAAGUCAUAGGAUUUUAAAGCAGGAAGGGACCUUAGAGGUCUCUGCCUAGUAGGAGAGCUUGUGUGUACGUAUGUAGAAGACAUCAGAACACAGUCCAAACUCCUUUACAAGAGUCUACUUUCAAGGCCUCACCAGAUCUGGCCUGGACCCUUGUCAGCCUCCUGUCUGUUCCUCCAGAUAUCUGCAAGGCCAAUCCAUUCAGGUCUCAGCUUAAACUGACCCUUGUCAUUGAGGCGCUUUUUCAUUAUUCCUUCUAAAAUGACAGAACGGUCCCCAUUCUUCCAUUUUUCUUCAAGCAUUACUUUUCUUCAUUAGCAUUUAUCUCUGCCUAAAACUACCUAAUUUUUAUUGUUGGUCUUCUGAAGACUAAUAAACUCCACAAUAGCAAGGCUUUGUAUGCUCAGUCCCACACAGAAGAAUUACUGAAAGCUAACAUAUAAUCCUCAAAACUUUAGUUUUAUCAUCUACACAGUGGAGAUGAUAAUAGUAAGCAACCUUACAGAGGUGUUAAGAAAAUUAAACAACUUAAUAAUACAUGUAAAUUAUUAACUAGUUCCUAGUGUUCAAUAAAAGGUGGUUCUUGGUCAACAUUUACUAAGUGCCUCACUCCCACAACUGGCACUAGGACCCCGAUUUUCCACCCUAAUGCCCUUUCUACUACACAUCAGUCUAAAACCAUGGCCGAGAAUGAAGGUGCAUGGUCUAACUAGGAUCCCAGUGAGAACCCAAAUCUCAGCCACCAAGGUAACCACAUCCUCCAGAUAAGACAGGACUCAAUUCUACAGCCCUCACAGAGCCCUGUAAAGUAGAUCUACUGAGGUAAGCCCUCUGUGGGUCCCACAGACAUGCUCAGGCAUGUGGGGGUGUGUCUCUUACCUUCCUAGAGAAAAAAACAUAACUCUCCAAAACAUUGGUUAUACUACCAAAAAAUAUUUACCAAGAAUCUAAGAACUAGGUCCUAGUAAUAGACAAGGAUGGUCUCUGUCCUCAUAGAGCUAAAUGUGACACCAGUCUCAAAAAUCCACUUAAUAAGCUAUAAAAACUGUGGGGGCAGGGAGGAAUUGUUUCUUUUUUGUGGGAACUAAACAGAAGCACAUUUUUCAUCUGGGUAAGAAAUAAAAACAAAAUAUUUUGCAGCCUAAACAGGACAAUGCCUCUGCAAACUUGUGAAGAAAUCUGCUUGUUAUCUGGACACUUCUAAUCCUAAACAGUGCACCUAGAACAAUAGCCUUCCAACUUUGUUAUCCACAGUGAAAAAUAGUUUAUAUAGCAUGACUAAAAAAGCCAUUUCACAAAACAUUUAUCCUUACUACAUGUGAUGUAAUACUUCCUCUAUUUCUUUCUUCUUUCUUUUUUUUUUUUUUAAUGUUCCUCAUACCUCAGAAAAUUGUGGUCAAAAACAAAGCAUACUAUUAGGUUAAGUGAGAGGCAUCAACAUGCACAGGAACAAAUUCUACCUGAGGCAGGAGACACAAGUCUUAGUCUCAACUUUGCCUAAAGCCUCAUGGUCACGUUUGCUGCUAUAUUAGGGUAUGCAAAUUAUAUGCAUGCGUGUCUGUCUAAGUCAACACAGUAGACCGUUUUAGUGCUUCUCCUUCAUCCAUAGAUAUGCUUCUCCAUUCUGUGCUAUAAACCUAGGCCUGUGCUCAGGUUUGUACUCUAGCAACUACACUGCAUCAGGAAGAAUGAAUGCAAGUCAACCCCUGCCGCCUCUAGCUCCACCACCUUCUUGACACCUGACACCAGGGUAAAGAGGGAAACUAGGCAGACUCAACUCUGGGGCAAUCUAUCUAGGUUAAAAUCCAAGCGACACCUAUCUGCUAACUGUAUGACCUUGGACAGGUUAUAUAAUGUCUCUGGCUAGAUUUCCCCAUAUGAAAACAGAAUAAAUGAACUUGCCUCAUAAGGUUGUCAGAAUUAAAUCUGUUACUACAUGCUUGCUUGGCACAAAGUGAGCACUAUAUCAACGUUCACUAUUAUUAAGUGAACAUCACACCAAUCAAAACCUCCUCUGCCUAAACCUUAAAGCUGUGGUUUUAGAUGUCAUUAAAAGUUCCUUCAGUUCUUAUCAAAUAACUUGAGCACAUUAUUUCAGGAAAUACUAUAUCUGACGUACUGAAUACUAUUUAACAAGCAAUGCUUUAACAAGUAGGUCUCUGUUGUCUCUUCACAGCUAACACUUCUUUGUAGGAGAUGGAAGGCCUACUAGCAGACGACAGCCCGGGGGCCUCCUGUAGUCCUCCAAUUAAAACACAUUACCUACCACUACUACCCUGUAGGGACUUUUAAAGCUAUAAGGACUAUUUGCUUGGAGCUGAAAAAAUGCAAAACAAACACAUCUUUGCUCAAGCAAAAAAUAAUCCUUUGUUCCUCAAAAUUUUCAAAAUCUUUGCCCUUGAAAAAUACAUUUAAGUAGAUUUGUCUGUUCUGUUUACAUAACUGUAUCAUUCACAGACCUCUUCCGAAGCGUAUUUCCCACUUUGUGGGAUUUUUGAAUGGAUCUGAAGGGUUCUCCAAAACUAAGUGGUAUUGCUUUUAUACAAACAUGGAAGUUACAGAAGUUAGCAUCAAGUGCUACUGUCUUGGUGCAAGCUGAUGGUGGGUCUUCUGGCAUAUUCACUUAACAUUAGUAUCAAAAUGCCCGGACUUCUAAUGAAUCCCCUU